AUGGGCUUUGAGCGCGGUGGUAGAGGCGGUGGUCGCGGUGGUGCUGCUGCUCGUGGUGGCCGUGGCGGCGCGAGGGGUGGUCGUGGUGGUCCUGCCGGUCGUGGCGGUCCUGCUGGCCGUGGCCGUGGUGGUCCCGCUGGUCGCGGUCGUGGAGGACGCAGUGGUCGUGGCGGCAAGCCCAAGGCGAAGGGCGCCAAGGCCGGCAAGAAGGUCAUUGUCGAGCCUCAUCGUCACAAGGGCGUCUUCGUCGCUCGAGGCGGCAAGGAGGACCUUCUUUGCACUGCCAACCUAGUCCCUGGCGAGUCUGUCUAUGGCGAGAAGCGCAUCUCUGUUGAGACUCCUGGCAGCGGCCCCGAUGCCGUUGCUACCAAGACUGAGUACCGCAUCUGGAAUCCUUUCCGGAGCAAGCUUGCAGCUGGUAUCCUCGGUGGCCUGGAGACUAUCUACAUGAAGCCAGGCUCUAAGGUUCUGUAUCUGGGUGCUGCCUCUGGUACCUCUGUCUCCCACGUCGCUGACAUCGUCGGUCCUACCGGAGCUGUCUAUGCUGUCGAGUUCUCUCACCGUUCGGGCCGUGACCUGAUCAACAUGGCGACCCGCCGCACGAACGUCAUCCCGAUUGUUGAGGAUGCUCGUAAGCCUAUGGCUUACCGUAUGCUUGUCCCCAUGGUCGACGUCAUCUUUGCCGACGUUGCUCAGCCUGAUCAGGCCAGAAUUGUUGGCAUCAACGCCCGUCUCUUCCUUAAGCAGGGUGGUGGUCUUCUGAUCUCCAUCAAGGCUAGCUGCAUUGACAGCACGGCUCCUCCUGAGCAAGUCUUUGCCAGCGAAGUCCAGAAGCUGCGUGAGGACAAGUUCUUCCCCAAGGAGCAGCUUACCCUCGAGCCCUAUGAGCGUGAUCACGCAAUGGUGUCAUGCGUCUACUUGCAGAAAGAAUUUGAGGGUUAA